GCGAUGGAGGUGGUCGCGGCGGGGUCGCUUCCUGCGGAGGAGGAUCCUGCGGAGGACGAGUGCGCGGUGUGCGGGGACGGAGGCAAGCUCAUCUGCUGUGACGUCUGCCCGCGCGUCUACCACGCGCGGUGCCUCACCCCCGCGCAAGGCGAGCAGCUCAAGCUGCUCGCGGCGCAAGACGACGACUGGUGGUGCCCUCACUGCGUGCGGGUGUCGCGGGUGGGCUUCGUGAUGCAGCGGAUCCUCUCGUCGCGCGCGCCCAAGCGCACCGUCUCCUCCCUCCUCUACGACUUUGUCUCGGACCCUCAGCACGACCGCGAGGAGCACUGGGAGGCAAUCAAGGAGGCGCGUGCGGGCACCGCAGAGGGGCCGGGCUGAUCCGGGGGGUGGCGCGGGCGGGCGGCUGAGGGGCGCCGUUCGCAAAGCGACUGCACCGCACAACGCCCCUCCGGGGCACACCGCACUCGCAGCACUCGCACGCUGCCCGACCGGCCGCGCGGGUUCGCGUUCGCGCCGCGCGUGCGAUCGAUGCCCGCGCCCCCUGUUAGGUGGGCGCCGCGCUCGGCGCCGCGCUGCCCGGCGGCCCGUGCAGCGCGCUCGCCGCUGCGGCGGCGCCGCCCACCGAAGGGACCGACCCGGAGGUCGCCGAGCUGGUCGCGAUGCAGCUCUACUCCGACGUGCGGCCGGC